CCAUAACCACCACCACUACCACAUUGCACCCACGCCCACCCCCGCCCGCGCAAUGUCGACAAAGCGCUCGUCCAGCCCGCCCAAGCGGCGCGCGUCCAACCCCCUCUCGCCGACCGACGUGCCGCCAAAGACGUCCAAGAUGUCUGCCGAGGCGCCCGUGUUCCAGCCCCGCUCAGCAGCGGCCGAUGUCAAGAUCGAGGAGGAGGACCCCGCCGUCGCAGCGAGCAGCUCUGGCCCGUCGGGCGAGGGAAGCCGCGCACACGAGCUCGCACCCGAGGUGCGCUCGCAGCUCGCCGCUGCCGUGUCCGCAUCCCGCAUCACGCGCCCGCUGCCCAACUCGCGCCGCGCGGCCCCAGCCGCCAACUUUGUCCCGACCGCCGCUACCGUGCCCAAGACGGGCGAGGAGAAGGAGAACCGCCGCCGUUUGAUCGUUGUGCUCUCGCAGGCAUGUCUCGAGGCAUACCGUGUCUCGGCUGGCAGCGGAGGAAAGAAUGCGUCGGGCAAGGAGGCAAAGUACGCCCUGCUCAACUGUGACGACCACCAGGGUAUCCUCGCGAGGACCGGCCGCGACAUUGCCGACGCCCGACCCGACAUUACGCACCAGUGUCUCCUGACGCUGCUCGACUCGCCGCUCAACAAGGCGGGCUUGCUCCAGGUGUAUAUCCACACGGCCAAGGGCGUGCUCAUCGAGGUCAACCCCUCGGUCAGGAUACCGCGAACGUUCAAGCGCUUCUCCGGUCUGAUGGUGCAGCUCCUCCACAAGCUGUCGAUCCGCGGCGUCAACGGCUCGGAGAAGCUUCUCCGCGUCAUCAAGAACCCCAUCACGGACCACUUCCCCACCAACACGAUCAAGCUCACCCUCUCCGGUGACGCGCCCACCAUCCGCCUGUCCCAGUUCCUCCCCACCCUCCCCGAGACGCACUCGGUCGCAGUGUUUGUCGGCGCCAUGGCCCGCGGCCCAGACAACUUUGCCGACGCCUACGUCGACCAGAAGAUCUCGAUCAGCGACUACUCGCUCUCGGCCUCUGUCGCGUGCGGCAAGUUCUGCUGCGCCAUGGAGGAGUUGUGGGACAUUGUGUAACCCGCCUGUCGUCCCAAAAUACUAGAACCCGUCCCGCGUAUCUCAUCUGUCAUGUUUCCAUUCUCCUCCACACCACCACAUCUCCCCGCUGGCCUCAUCGCUAGCCCAAUCACCAGCCUCAUACUCUUGCGUCAACCGCCUGCUCGGAAAAAGUGUCCCCUGUGCAUGCAUUCUAGCUGUCAUUGUGUCUAUAGUUCGUCGCGGGGUGGGGCGUCGGCGACAGCGGCGGGGAGUGCGGGGGCGGCCAGCGUCUCGUCGUGUGAUGGAGGCGGCUUCUGCGCCUUGGGCUUCUUGUUCUCCUGCUUCUGCUUCGGCUUCUCGCCUGUCGCCGCUGCUGCCUCCUUCUCGGCCUGGACCGGCGCCUCGUCUUCGCCCUCGGCGAGCUCGGCCUGGAUGAGCUGCUGGAGCAGCUUGAGUGCGGCUCGCCGGUCGGCCUUGUCUCCGCCAAGAGCUGUGAGGUCGAGGUCGAUAAGCUCAGGCUCCUGGAGCGGCUUGGAUCCCGCGCCGAUGAGGAGUGGGGGCUUGUCCUCGUCGUUGUUGUCGUCCGUUGCCGUGACAACCACGUCCUCCACCUCGUCCUUCACCACUCCGUCGUCGUCCUCGUCGCCAAGGCCAAACGACGCGCCGAGCACCUUCUCCAGCUGGCGGAUAGUCUCCUUGUCAAUCUUGCCCAGAAGUAGCGUUGCGUCGGCGGCGCCCUGCGCGGCCUUCUCCUUCGCCUUGGUCUUGUCCUCGGGCUCGUCGGACUUGACCUCGUCCUCCCUAGGCCGCUCAGGGAGUCGUGGCACCUCGCCACCCCACGUCUUCUCCUCGCCCGCAACGCCGGCGUCCAUCCAGUCCUCCAUCUCGCUGUCCGAGAUCACCAGCCGGCACCGGAUCGGGGCAGGCACGAUGUGGUCGCUUGACGACGGGCGGAAGCCAGGCAAGGAGCACAGGUGCGGCGAGUGGAUCACCACCACGUACUGGCACGUCGUGAUCUCCUUGACCAUGUACAGCACGUCGGUCGACGUCAUGCUGCAGUGGACCUGGACUUCGACCUCGCGCGGCUUGCCCGUCUUGUCGCACUUUGUGCCGUCCGUCCACCGCUGCUUGAGGUACCGUGAUGCUGGGCCGACACCGAACGUUGACACCUGCUCCGCAGGUGCCUCAGGCGGCGCGACGGGUUCGACCUCGCCCUUUGGCGCUGCUGCGCCGCGUCGCUGGCCAGGAGGCAGCGCCGCCUUGCCCUUCUUGCUGACGGGGUGCGCCUGGCCGAGGGAGUACGCGUCGAACGCGGGAUCCUCCUCGGGGUCGGAGCCUGCAAUGUGAGGGUACUGGUCCUGCUGGAGGGCGCGGAACUGGCGGAGAUGCGAGUUAUGGCAGUAGGCGUAGGUGAACCACGCGUGACGGAGGUACAGGCACUUGCCGUCGAGGUGGCUGAGCGCCUGCCACGACGCAACGGGGUCAGGUUCGGGCUCGUCGUCCUCGUACCGCGCGUUGUCGUUGACCUGGCUCUCGGUGACGUUGAGGGACGGCAGGGCGCAGAGGUAGGUCGAGAUCUCGUCUGUCCCAGGCGGCGUGUAGUGGAGGGGCAUGAACUGGACGGUUGUCGGCGCGUCGAACGACACGUUCUCGCCAUCGUCACUGUCCCCUGCAUCGAGCGCACGCGACUCGGGCCGCAGCUCGAGCCAGUCGUCGUCGUGUGCGAGCCCUGUCCGGCGGCAGCGGCUCGCGUCACUCUGCGCGAUGGGGAGGUCGGGCAGGAAGAAGACCUCGUACUUUGGGAACGCGGCCAGGUCCUGCAGCCCGCUGUGGCUUGCGCGGGCGGACAGCGUUGCCAGGCCCAGCAGGUAGAUUGCGAGGUGGGAC